UCCGGCACCGGGGCCGUGACCUUCGCCGCGGGAGGCUGAACGCGCCGUGGGGCCUGGAGCCUUCCCUCUGGUGAGCGGUGCUGGCCGGGCACCCCCUAUCCCCGGCGCUUUAGGGCCGCGCCCAAGGCGGUGAGGGCUUGCAGCCGGCUCGGCCCGUGGACAGCCACCGUUUGCGUUCAGGUUGGUAGCGAAGAUGUCGGCGCCAACGAUGGAGGAGAGGAAGGCCUGCUGGGGGGCCCGGGACGAGUUCUGGCAGUGCUUGGAUAGGCACGCGGACGAUGUAUCCAAGUGCGAGAAGCUGCGGCUGGCCUUCGAGUCACGGUGUCCGCAGCAGUGGGUUAAAUAUUUUGACAAAAGAAGAGACUUUUUGAAAUACAAAAGGAAGCUUGAAACAGAAGGGUAUCAUCCUCCAGAAGCUGCUGGAAAGUCUUAGGUACUUUGCUUUCAAAAUAAAUCUGGUGAGAAUAACAGAGAGGAAGAAACAUGAGAAAGCAACAGAAGGUGCCUGAGCUCAAGAACUGGUCACCUGACUGUCUCCCUGAAAUGCAGGCUGCUGUUCUUGUUGUAAGGUCUCAUGUCUCUACUGAAAAAGAUAAUCAUGGACAACUUUGUCAUGAGUGUAAGUCAAAGAUGAAAGACAUAUGCUGCAGGGCUGUUCACAAUCUAAGGUUUUGAAUG